AUGUUGUAUCUGCUCCCGGCAGAGGGUGGUGUGGAAGCAACCAAGAGCUUUAUACAUGAACUGGUGGAUAUUCUCUUCGCCUACAUCUGCAAAUCAGCAAACAGGAGCUCUAAAGUGCUGGACUUUCAUCAUGUCCAUCAACUGAAGGACGGCUUGGACGGGUUCACCUUAGAGCUCCCUGACCAACCCGAGAACCUUGAGCAGCUCCUUGUCAAUUGCCAAGAUACCCUAAAAUAUAGCGUCAAAACUGGGCAUCCACGCUUCUUCAACGCUUUUGGCCUUGACAUCAUUGGCCUGGCAGGGGAAUGGUUGACCUCAACGGCCAACACUAACAUGUUUACCUAUGAAGAGGCGCCCGUGUUUCAACACAUGGAAGACAUUCUUCUGAGUAAGAUGAGGAGCAUGAUUGGAUGGCCUGCAGACGAAGGGGAUGGAAUCUUCUGUCCAGGUGGCAGUAUGUCUAAUCUGAACAGCGUGCUUCUGGCAAGGUACCACUUUUUCCCUGAGGUGAAGAAAGCGGGAAUGACUGUUCUUCCAAAGCUGGCCCUGUUAACCUCCUCACAUAGUCAUUACUCCAUCCAGAAAGCCGCCACAGUGCUGGGGAUCGGCACUGACAACGUGCUGCUGGUGAAGUGUGAUGAACGGGGGAAGAUGAUCCCUGCUGAGCUAGAGUCUGGCAUCAUCACAGCCAAAGCCAAGGGUCUGGUUCCAUUUUAUGUCAACGCCACAGCAGGGACCACUGGUUAUGGUGCCUUCGACCCUCUGGACGACAUUGCCAACAUUUGUGACCGCCAUGGACUGUGGAUGCAUGUUGAUGCAGCUUGGGGUGGUGGUUUGCUGAUGUCCAAGAGACACUGUGCCAAGAUGAGUGGGAUUGACAGGGCAUCCUCUGUAACCUGGAAUCCUCACAAAAUGAUGGGAGUCCCACUGCAAUGCUCAGCCUUUUUAGUGCGUAAAAAGGGCAUCUUGCAAGAAUGCAAUCAGUUCCAAGCGGCAUACCUGUUCCAGCCUGAAAGUGCUUACUACGAUGUCUCCUAUGACACUGGGGAUAAGACCAUGCAGUGUGGAAGACACGUGGAUGUCUUCAAGUUAUGGCUCAUGUGGAAAGCAAAGGGCUCAGAGGGGUUUGAGUCCCAGAUCAACAGAUGUUUGGAUAAUGCAGAAUAUCUGUAUGACAAGCUGGAGGGAAGAGCUGACUUUCAGCUGCUCUUCAAAAGCAAACCAGAGCACAGCAAUGUCUGCUUCUGGUACCUUCCACAGUGCGUGAGAAGUAUGCCAGCGGGGUUAGAAAGAAACAAGAAGCUGCACACGGUGGCACCAAAAAUCAAGGCCAAGAUGAUGGAAGAAGGGAAGACCGUGAUUGCGUACCAAUCUCUGGGAGACAAAGUGAACUUCUUCCGUUGUAUCCUCUCAAACCCAGCCACACAGAGAGAGGAUAUAGAUUUCCUUCUGGACGAAAUUGUACGGUUAGGUUCUGACCUCUAACUUUUUAAAGAAAUGUUGUGCAGUUCAUGGAAAUAGUCAUCAAUAGUUUUUUGUUGUGUUUUGGUGUUUCAUAACGCAGUUCAAGGUGGCCUCAAAAAGACCACAUUCAUGGAAACGCAGGCUUGUUGUAGAGCGAACAUGAAGUUCUCAUGGGCUGCCAUUUUAACUUCAUAUUGGGAGGCCUACUGAAAGGAUUUAUUUCUCUGUCCAUGUUCAAGUCCUCCCUCUUCCCCUCUUAGACAUGAAAUGAUUUUAGCCCUGCAUUGGAUAAUAGUUUCUCUGCUUUUGUUCAUGUACUCUAGUUAACCUUGGAUAUGUUGGUCACAGUCCACAACAAGUCUCAUAUCAUACUGCUUUACAGAACAGCUCUUUCGGAUGUAGGUAAACACAGACAUAGAGGUAGGCACAAAGGAAGGCCAUUGACUAUACAGUGGAUCACUUCAAGGGGAAUCAUUAUCAUCAUAGAGCGCAGAUGUCCUUUUGUUUUUAUGACUGCAUCACCCAAGAUCACGAGGACCACAGCUGCCCAUGUCUCUCGAAAGACAAAGGUGAAGGUCAACAAUUGCAGCCUCAUUGCUGCCCUCUGAGAUUUCCAUUGAGUUGAUCACAUUGUUUGAGGACUUGAAACAAGUUGUGUGAUCAUGUCCCAUGUUGCAAUCUAUUGUUUGAAACAAUCCUGUUUUAAAACCCUGUUGCAAUUUGCACUGCAACGUUUGUGUGGUCAUUCCACAGACUACCAGAUAGGAUAAACAAGCUUAGACAUUAAU